AUGCGCCCUGGCUCCAUCUCCCUCUCUGCCACUUCCCUCUCUACCUCUCUGGCUUUCCCCGUCUCCCUCCCUGCCUCUGCCUCUCUCCUGGCCCAGGCCCUGCCACCCCUGGCAGGACCCCUGGGUCCACUUAGGUCCCUGGCCAGUGAUGAGCCAGUUGGCGGGCGCCCUUCCCCCGGCAGGCGGGCUGGACAUUGUGACUGCAGCCAGACCUGGCUGGUCUCUCUCUUUCUCUCUCUCUUUGAUCUCAGGGGGUCCUUUUUGGAGUUUAUUGUAUUUUAUUGUACUUGGUGGGGUGUUUGGGGGUGGGGGGAGGAGAAGAGCUUGUUCUCAUGGGCUUUGUUGGUACCUUCAGAAACUUUUACCAAAGUCGUGUUUAGCUGCUUGUGGCGGCAGCCCCCUGAACCGCCUCUGGGUACUGGGGGGCUGGGCUGGGGGCUGAGCCGUGGGGGCUCAGGCCACCACCUGGGAGACACUAGUCCCAAAGGUGGGCUCUGGGGGUGGGGGAUUGCUCCUCCCUCAGGGCUGGAGACUGGCCAAGCUUGCAGGGGUGAGUGGAGGACCUCAGGGGGUAUGGAGGAAGCCCAAGGGGCCAUGGCCACACAGGGUGGCCUUCAGGGACAGUAG